GCUAGUAAGUUAGAUGAAAAUAACUUAGUUAAAUAUAUAGGAGAAGACUUGAGAGUCCUGAUUAGGCUUAGCCUAGGGGGUAGAGGGUAGUGAAAGGAAUGUUAAGUGGUAGUAGAAACGAAUAGGGGCAUCUUGCGACAACCCCUACUUAAGGGAAAGAUGGAGAAGUGGUUGGACGUGGCAGCGAAAGAACACAUUCUCGAUCCCACAAGAUACGCGAUCCAAUCCAUCGUCAGUGAGGCUGUCAGCGACUGCUUUCGCACCGUUCUAUGCGCCCUCAGUAACAGCAGUGUCCAGCUGGAGUGGCUCCUGGUUUAUUUGGAUUCUUUCAAUUAUAAAACUGGCCUCCUUGUUGAAAAUCCUGUCUUCCCUAACCGAAUCUCGUCAGUGAUAAAUGAGAGAUCAUUUCUGGACCUUACGGAAUUACACAUGGACCUAGACGCGUACAUUCGUUCUCAGUCCAUUUACCAAGCUCUUCCAAAAUUCCUUUCGCUCGCCCCUAAACUGGAAAGUCUGAGCCUUUCCUCUUCGGCCGCAUCCUUGUAUACGUCCUGGGUUAUUCGCGAGCUUUCCCAGCUACAGUUUCCGUGUCUGAAAUCUUUAGAGCUGAAUGCAGUUUCUGCCAAGCAAGAGUCCCUGUCACGUCUACUUCUCAAGCACCGGAACACGUUUCGCAAAGUUGCGCUACUUGAUGUUUGUUUGUGCAAUCCGGAGGACUUAAACGCUCGAGGGGAUCCCAACGAAUGGCACGUCAUAUUACAAGCUCUGCUAGAGUUAGGGUUGGAAUGCUUUUCCAUUUUUAGACCUUGUAUGCCGCACUAUGGCGUUCUAUUCGUGUUUAACGAUGGGAAUGUAGACCCAAAUCUUUCUAGAAAAACACCUGACGAGGUUCGAAAGGCAAUAAAUAGGGUCUGGAGGACCAAGCUUAGGAGGGAAGCUUAGUAUACGAUGGACGGUGUCGUGGCGAUACGGCUUA